CUUCCUCUUUAAUUACUCUACCUUCCUGAAGCUUCAUCUCCUUUACAAGUCUAGAAGAAACCUGCUCUUUACCAUCUACAAGCUUCCUUCAAUCCAGCCGUGACAACAGGGUUGCAGUUGCAUAUCCAUUGGGAACUCCUGCAAGAUGAACAGAUCAAAGGGAAGUGAAGAAUCCAACGAACAAGGCGCAGUAGAAACGAAGGUGGUGGAGACAGUAGAUUAUCGGUCAUCGGCCGGGCAUGACGAAGAAGAACCCACCAAAGAGAAAGUCCAGGUGGUUCAUCUUACUCGUGACAAGGAUCGUUCCAGCGUCGGAAGUGAAGAAUCCAACGAACAAGGCGCAGUAGAAACGAAGGUGGUGGAGACAGUAGAUUAUCGGUCAUCGGCCGGGCAUGACGAAGAAGAACCCACCAAAGAGAAAGUCCAGGUGGUUCAUCUUACUCGUGACAAGGAUCAUUCCAGCGUCGGAGGUGGCGCGUUAGCUGGUUCAGCUGCUGCGGUGGCGAAUACCGUUCGAUCUGCCAAGGAUGCUGUUUUGGGCGGUGGAAAAGACGACACCAAAAAAUGAGACUAGCAACAGGAAAUAUAAAUAAAGCAAAUUUUCAAUUAUGUAAUGUUCUAGCUAGAGUUCGCAGGUUAUUCCUUGGACUGCUACGUAAUGUUCUUAGCAACAAUACACCAGACCAGCGGUCUGUGUCUUGUCUGACUAGUGAUUUUGUGAACAAUCUUCAGUUAAGUUUUAUGGGAAAGUUUGUAAUAAAUCCAGGCAACAUAUGAAAACUGAUAAUAUCUCAAAAUGUUAUUUUUUUAUUUUAUUUA